CUUAGCCUUCUACCAAACACUUGGUCUGCCAAGGUCCGGUCGCGGUGCACCCUGAUUCACUCAAAGACCUUGGCCGUACUAACAACAGAAGGUGAAAAAAUGGCGGCAACUAGGCUAAGUCUCAUUCUUUUCGUUUCCUUCGCCGUUUCCUUCGCCGUAAUAGUCCCAAGCCUGCGUGCCCAUAUUGUUGAAUUCGACAAUUUUUGGCAGCAAAAAUCUGAGGAAGCGAAGAAAGAUGCCCUCAAGGCCUAUCAACCAAACCCCGAAGAAGUCACCGAGCAACUCAACGCCCAUGUUUAUGAUGCAUUAGAGGGGAGCAAUAGCACAAGGAGGCACCUUAAGAAAUACUCAGGCGCGUGCUUAGCUACAAACCCAAUUGACCGGUGCUGGCGGUGCCGGAAAAACUGGGCUGCGAAUCGGAAGAGGUUGACAAAAUGCGUCCUUGGGUUCGGCCGCAAGACCACCGGAGGGCGGCGGGGGAAAUUCUACAUUGUCACAGAUCCAUCAGACAACGACAUGGUGAACCCAAAGCCGGGGACUCUCCGGCACGCCGUGAUCCAGAAGAGGCCCUUGUGGAUCAUAUUUGCGCGCAGCAUGGUCAUCACACUUUCCGAGGAGUUGUUGCUGACGUCACACAAGACCAUCGACGCGCGCGGCGCCAACGUCCACAUUGCCUUUGGUGCCGGCAUUUCCAUACAGUUCGUCAAGAACGUGAUUAUUCAUGGCCUACACAUACACGACAUCGUUUCGGCGGGCGGUGGCAUGAUUAGGGACUCUGUGCAGCAUGUUGGUAUCCGAUCAAGGAGUGAUGGAGAUGGGAUUUCUAUAUUUGGAUCGACAAACAUUUGGCUUGAUCAUCUUUCUAUGUCCAAUUGCCAGGAUGGUCUUAUUGAUGUCAUUCAGGGGUCCACUGCCAUCACCAUCUCAAACGGCCACUUCACCCGUCAUAACGAUGUGAUGCUGUUCGGCGCAAGUGACAGCUUUGAGGGUGAUUCUAUAAUGCAAAUCACAGUGGCAUUCAACCAUUUCGGAAGGGGUUUGGUGCAAAGGAUGCCAAGAUGCAGAUGGGGUUUUGUCCAUGUGGUUAACAAUGACUACACUCACUGGCUUAUGUAUGCCAUUGGAGGUAGCCAACACCCUACAAUUAUAAGCGAGGGCAACCGCUUCAUAGCUCCCCCCAACCUUGCUGCAAAGGAGGUGACAAAGAGGGACUAUGCCGGAGAGGAAGUGUGGAAGAGCUGGACGUGGAGAUCAAAAGGAGAUCUUAUGAUGAACGGAGCAUUCUUUGUUGAAUCUGGAAACCCUAGCAAGAGCAGGCCAUUUGGGAGGCGGGACAUGAUCAAGGCGAAGCCCGGGACAUUCGUGACUAGGCUGACGCGCUUUUCAGGUUCACUCAACUGCAAGGUCGGCCGACCUUGUUAGAAAAUAAAUGUUUACAGGAUAUGACUUAACAAAUGAGGGAGGGGGGUGGGAAGAGAUUGGAGUAGGACGGAUGGAAGAAGACCACUGACUAGUCUAUUAGCUCACUUGGUCUAGAGAGUUUGUUGGUUUAUUUGUAAUCUGCCCCCAUCAUAGUUUUGA